CCACCUAGACAAUGAAACACGACUCCCUAUCUCCCUCGCAUGCUCGUCUCACGGACAACCACAACACACGCCUCCACGUUCUCUCUCUCUCUCUCUCUCCCCGUCUUCAGACCACGUUGGUGACUCCUUCGAUCGAUUGAUCCGCCGGUGACAUGAACAGCACCUCCGAUUACCUGGCCCCCGGGGAGAACACGGGAGGGUUCGCGUACAGCAUCGGGAUCUCCCUCGGCAUCCUCGCCCUCAUCGUCUUCUUCACCCUCGCGUCCUACCUCUGCACCCGCGUCCGCGACCCGCCAACCCAUCGCCACUCCCUCGCCGAGGCCGAGGACGGCAGCUACUCGAUCGGGAUUACGCUCGGCCUCGACGAGGCCACGCUGGGGAGCUUCCCAAAGCUCCUUUACUCUCAGGCGAAGGCCGCUCGCGGCGGCGGCGGCGGCUUGGCCGCGAACUCCAGCUGCUGCUCGAUCUGCUUGUCGGAGUACAAGGAGACCGACGUGCUGAGGCUGCUGCCGGAUUGUGGGCAUUACUUCCAUUCGAAGUGCGUCGAUCCGUGGUUGAGAGUCAACCCGUCGUGUCCGAACUGCAGGACCUCGCCGCUCCCGUCUCCAGUCGGGACGCCUCUCGCUGAGGUCGCCCCAUUGGCGGCGCUGCAGCGGUGAUGCAAAGUGGAAUUGCUGCGGAGCUUGUAGAAUAAAACAAAAGCCCCCCGUAAGUACAGCAGUUAAGUGAAAGUACACGUCGGACAACAGUGCCAGGUCAUCCAUGGACGAAUGUUUGCAGUGGGCAAGAUCAAUGCAUCUCCACAAUAUUAACUUUGCAUAUAGGUUUUUGCAGUAAAUAAAUUCUCUCCAAUUUUACCCUCCAUGUACAUUUACGGAUUUGAAAUGAACGUGUACGGUGAUGUUUUA